AUGAAACAGGAGUUGUUGGAGCAAUCCACCCUGUUAAAUUCGAGGGAAGACUUUGCCGCGUGGGAGCAACGAUGCGAUGAGUUUAUCGAAUCGUUGGAAGAACAAAGCCGAAUUAAACGGCCACGAUUAUCAAUCGAUCAGUCAUCGAUUGGUCUCAAACAGUCAUUGGUCGCUUGUAUCGCAAGACUCGAAGGUUUGAAAGACUCGGUACGUCCACGUUUCGUACAUGUGGGUGCUGGAUACAGUGCGAGUGAGACAGGACUCAGAUGGCGCGAGAUAGAUACGGCUUUUGAAAGCCGUAUAUUGAUUCUAAACACAUCGACCCUCGUCAAUUUCUCAAAGAUGCGGGAGAAAUUGUACUCGAUCGUGUGCAGAACGUCAUGCAACGACAUGACAAUUAUCGCAACGAGAAACUAUGAACUCUUUCGUGAGUCCAAUCUGCACGAGUGGUACAAGCAACACGUCAUCGAGCCUACCUUAGCAAAGCUGGAGGAAUUCCAGGAACGUGAUAGCGGAUGGGCGUUGUCGCGUAUACUCAAUUUAAUGGUAAACGUGAACAAAUACAAUCCAUUGCACGCGGGGUGUUUUGUGGAAAUACCGCAAGAAAUUAAAAAGAAGAAGGCGGUGAUAAAUGUGCGAUCAAUAGACAAUGCAUGUUUCGCAUGGUCAGUGGUGGCUGCUCUACAUCCAGCCGAGAGACACGCAGAUCUGGAAUCGUCGUAUCCACAUUACACGUCGGUGCUAGAUCUUACGGACAUUAAGUUUCCAAUGACGUUGGAUCAAAUUAAAAAAUUUGAAAAUCACAACAACAUCUCCAUCAACGUGUUUAGCAUCGAGAAAAAAAACAAGAAACUUGCUAUCUUGCCAAUACGGGUUACUGACCGAAAGAUGGACAGACACGUAAAUCUGCUGUACGUGCAUAACGACAACGUGGGACAUUUUGCGUGGAUCAAGAACCUAUCCCGCCUCGUGAGCUCGCAAUUGAGCAAGAAUACGAACAAAAAAUACUUUUGCGAUCGAUGUUUGCACUACUUCAGCUCCAACGAGAAAUUGGCUGCCCACACCGUCGACUGUCAGGAGAUGAAUGACUGCGCGAUCAAGUUACCGAGCGAUAACGACAAGUGGUUGGCCUUUAAAAAUCACAACAGGAAGGAACGAGUUCCGUUUGUCGUAUACGCCGACCUGGAGUGUACUCUGGAGAAGAUGGAAGCGGAUCUGGAAACGUCCAGGUACACAUAUCAACAUCAUCGCGUGUUUAGCAUAGG